AUGAGUUUUUCACAACAAAGUCUUCUAACUGAGCAGGGUCUUGCUCACAUUGGUGAGAAACCUUAUUCUUGUAGUAUAUGCAAUAAGAGUUUUUCGCAAAAAAGUGUUUUGACUAAACAUAGUCGUGUUCACACUGGUGAGAAACCUCAUUCUUGUAGUAAACCUUAUUCUUGUAGUGUAUGCAACAAAAGUUUUUCGCAAAAAAUUUCUCUAACUGUACACAGUCGUGUUCACACUGGUGAGAAACCUUAUUCUUGUAGCAUAUGCAAUGAGAGUUUUUCGCUAAGAAGUCAUCUGAAUAAACACAGUCAUGUUCACACUGGUGAGAAACCUUAUUAUUGUAGUAUAUGCAAUAAGAGUUUUUCGCAAAAUAGUCUUUUGACUAAACACAGUCGUGUUCAUACUGGUGAGAAACCUCAUUCUUGUUGUAUAUGCAUCAAGAGUUUUUCACAAGAAAGAUAUGUAACCAAACACAGUCGUGUUCACACUGGUGAGAAACCUUACUCUUAAAGUAUAUUCAACAAAAGUUUUUUAGCAAAUAAGUUAUCAGUCUAAACACCGUCUUGUUCACACUGGUGAUAAUCCGUAUUCUUGUGCUACAUGUAAAGAGUUUUUCAUGCUAAAGUUAUCUAAGCACAGUUAUGUUCAGACUAGUGAGAAACCUUAUCUGUGCAGUAUGUGUAUAAGAGUUUUUCACGUAGAUGUCAUCUGACUGAGCACUUUGCGUUCAUACUUGAGAAAAGCCUUAUUCUU